AAAAAUCUUAACAAAACAAUGAAUGUGGGCGUAACUUGACAUUGCUCAGGAUGUUUUGAAGCUUUCUCGAGGGUUAUAGAAAAUACUAGUAGUGGUCAUAUAAGGAUUUGUGGCUGUUGGCCUGAAUUAAGACAUGAAGAAAUACAGAGAACGAUGGAGAGCAAAUUCUGCAUUUUGACCGACACAGAAGACCUCAGAACCCUAAUUUCAAGUACCGAAGAUAAUCUGCAAAUUGAAAGGACAAAGACUUUGUUUGAGGAGAUCCGUGCAUCCAUCAACAACAAUGAAGAAGAGGACCGUUCCUUUUGGAGGCCUGUGCUCCCAUGGGGGGGUGUCUACACCAUCAGGGCGGGGAGGAGGGCCAUCUCAUGCACCCCUCUGUAUGUUAAGAUAAGCCUAAAGAACACCUGCACAAUUGAUGGGUUCCUCAUGAUCCUCUAUAUAAUACUGAGAGACAACCACAGCUUUCCCCGGGAGGUGGGCAUCUUUCUGGGCAGGCAGUUUGUAGAGCAUUUCCUCUACCUGAUGGACUCGUAUGACUACACCACCGUUAAGAUGCUGUGGAUCUGGGACAGGAUGUCCAAGAGGCAGUACCGCUCAGUGAUCCACCAUGCAGCGUUGGAGAUCGACCUGUUUGGUAACGAACAUGAGAACUUCACCAAGAACUUAGAGACAAUGCUGUCCACUAUGCAGGAGAGCCUAUGCACCAACUGGAGCUGUCCUGCUCGCUUCCAGGAGUUCUUACAGAGAACCAUCAACAUCAAUCCUCCUCAUGAGCUGCCCCAUAGAGAUCCCAUUCAGUCAGCGGUGGAGGAGUUCUUCUGUCCCAAAAUUAUUCUCUGCAAAGAACUGGGGUGUAAUGGGUUGAGGGAGUUUUCUCAGAGGGUCUUCUGCCAUGGCCCACCUCCUUUUGUCAUUCUCAACAUGCAGCUAUGGAAGUCUGAGGAGCUGUCCUACGUUCCUUACCAUCUGGCUCUGUCCCAACACAGGUACUCACUGGAAGGCGCCACGCUCUUCAACAAGGAAGAGCAUCACUACUCUGCAGCCUUCCAGAUAGACGGCUACUGGAUGCACUAUGACGGGCUGAGGAGCGACAAUCUGAUCCUGUUAAACAAGCCCCCUGAACUCCUGCUGCUCUCUUCCCUUGUCUACAUCCGCGCCUCAGACAAAUGAGGUGCACAAAGGAUCCUGACGGGACACGGAAGGAAGGAGGGAGACACUCAACAGCACUAAUAGAAAGGAAUCUUUAGAAAAUUGCUCACCUAUACUUACACCUUCCUGUCAUUCUUUUUGUUUCCCUUAAUUCACAGAAAAAUAAUCCUUUACCUUACAUUUGGUUAAUCAUGGUUUUGUCUUUCAUUCCUCAGUGAGAACAUACCAUAACUUUUUGUUUAGCACAAUCAUAUUUUAAUGACAUGUCAACAACUUCCUUCUUCUGUUUUAUACUUUAAGAUUAUUUUUGAAAUGAUGUGCUCUAUUUUGCCUUACUGUUGAAUCUGAAACUGUGUGCAAAGUGAUAAGUGCAUCUUCUCUUUGGGCAUGCUUGGAAUCCAAGAAUAUAUGUAUGAACUAUAGUAGUUCUGGGCAGGUAUGCAUAUUGAAGAAUGAACUCAUAGCUUUACUGCAUAAAUGUUUGUUGAAAGGUUUGCUUGCAGUGUGUUCUCUUGGGUGGGAUGGCAUUCAGAGAAGCAAAUUCAGCUAAUUCAACUUUGAUGUAGACUUGUCAACAGGGUAUAUAAGCUAGACCAGCAAAGCUUCUGUGAGAGUUGGUACAAUACUACAAUCUAUUUGUGCAUACCAGCCCUGACUUCAGAUUAAACUGGUGCUUUUUUAAAUACUAUUUCCACUGUAGUUUGAAACCAUUUAAGUAUUGCUUUGUAUUUUGUGGAAAUUCAAUCAUUAUCCUUGAUUUACUUGCUUGUUUUAAGUUGUCCAUGUUUUUUUUUAAUUUAUCCAUUAUUUUACCAGGUAAGUUGACUGAGAACACAUUCUCAUUUACAGCAACGACCUGGGGAAUAGUUACAGGGGAGAGGGGGAUGAAUGAGCCAAUUGUAAACGGGAUUAUUAGGUGGCUGAUGGUUUGAAGGCCAGAUUGGGAAUUUUAGCCAGGACACCAGGGUUCACACCCCUACUCUUACGCUAAGUGCCAUAGGAUCUUUAAUGACCUCAGUCAGGACACCCGUUUAACAUCCCAUCCAAAAGACGGCACCGUACACAGGGCAGUGUCCCCAGUCACUGCCCUGGGGCAUUGGGAUAAUUUUUAGACCAGAGGAAAGAGUGCCUCCUAUUGGCCCUCCAACACCACUUCCAGCAGCAUCUGGUCUCCCAUCCAGGGACUGACCAGGACCAACCCUGUUUAGCUUCAGAAGCAAGCCGGCAGUGGUAUGCUGCUGACUACUUGAUGGAAGUGAACAUGUCAGUGAUUGUUAGAAUACAUGCUCCAAUAAUUGUAUAAAAUCAGUUCUGUCUUAAAUGUCAGUAAUUACAAGUACCCCAGCACAGUGACAUUACAGAAGUGCUUCUUGAGUGCUUGCUUGUUUGCCUUUCAUAGUAUCAUAUGAUAUCCUGCACAAUUCAAUAAGGUAAAUUACAUCCCAAUCUAAAGAUGUCAAACCUGUAAAUAUUAGUAUACAAAUGUGAUUUUGUAAUGCAUUUGAUCAUUUAGAAAUGAACAGAGCAUUGAACCAUCACAUUGUGCCUUUUGGCAAUUUAUCAGUGUACAAUUUCAUUCUUGACAGAACUACAUAAUGAAACUCUUAGAGCAAAAAUACUUGUUCAUGUGUGUAUCUAUGCUUUCAUUCUUAAUUCUUUUUUUUAAACCAAUACAAAUUUUAUAUGCGAA